AUGGUGUUCGCGAUGGCAGGCCCCCAGACGACCAACACCCCCGCCAAGAUGCCCGCCGACCCGAGCUCGGACGCCGGUGACCCCGACGCCAAGUCACGAUCCCAGCCCAGCCAGGUCCGCUUCUCGUCCGUCACCGAGGAGAUUGAACCAUCCCAGGCCGCCCUGUCUCCUGCCGCAGUGCAGUCACCGUCCGCAACCCAGCAGAAAUUGGGCACGGAUGACGAAGAUAUACGCUCGCUGGCUAUGAGCUUGCAGCGAUCACAGUUGCAGGAAUCGCGGCUACGGAACUUCUCAUACGAACCCAUGUCUCUUCCACCUUCCCGGGUGGGAUCCCGCGAAUCGAGCGAUCGCAGUGGCCAGAGUGGCACUUCAUAUGGAGCAUCCCCUCAUGCAUCACCUCCCGCGUCCGCAGUGCAGUCACCUCCCCUAACCCCGGCCGUCACCCAGAGUCGGGAAGCCAAAUCGAGUGACAGUGGGGCAUCGUUGGCUACCGCCGUUCGCUCCCACCCAGGAUCGGCUGCCAUUACUCCGGAGACUUCGCCCCCAGUCCAUGCAAGUGACAGAAAGACCGCCCAGCGAAGCGCACCAACCUCGCGGGGGACAUCAUUCGACCACUCACGGAAUUUCGUCACACCGCAACCCACCUCGGACCCUUCCUCUCGUCAGAAUACUCCUCAUCCGAUCUCCACGCAUCGGGCCCAAUUCUUCAUCGGAGCCGAUGGCAACUCUGUAGAUGAGAGCCCCCCGCAAACGCCGAGCGCUCUGACACCCCCGGGUGCUAUCACACCGGUAGGAGAACCAAACGAUCCAUAUGCGAGGAGCAAGCGGCCCCCGCAGACGAAGAAUCUGUCUCAGUUAGAUCCGAGGUUUAUUUUUGGCAGCCGAGAUGCAAAACGGGCGUUUCGCCCUGGAACUCCUCGCUCGGCCAGCACGAGUGAUGUCACCAAGCCUUACGAAAGGAGCAAUACGUUCAACAGCACAAGCAGCAAGCAUUCUCAGAACCACGAGGGGAAGAAAGGCCACCACCAUCAUGGCUCCAUGUCUGAGUUGAAGCGGUUUUUCAAGCUGGGCCACAAGCAUAAACGGCCAGAUUCUCCGACUUCCGCGCCCAAACGAUCCAGCCGAUCAACAGGUAAGAGCAGUACGCCAUAUCAGAUGGCUCCCGAAAAUGUUCCAUUCGCGGAUGAUCAUGGCCUGAACUCCAAGUACGGCAAAAUGGGCAGGGUGCUGGGUUCUGGCGCAGGAGGCUCCGUCCGGCUUUUGAAGCGCAACAGCGAUGGCGUCACCUUUGCCGUGAAGCAAUUCCGGGACCGCCACAGCUGGGAGAGCCUGAAGGAGUACUCCAAGAAAGUGACGGCGGAAUUCUGCAUUGGGUCCACGCUUCAUCACGGAAAUAUCAUCGAAACUUUGGAUAUCAUCCAGGAAGGGAGUCAUUGGUAUGAGGUGAUGGAGUAUGCCCCGUACGAUCUCUUUGCCAUUGUCAUGACGGGCAAGAUGGGCAAGGAGGAGAUUGCGUGUUCUUUCAACCAAAUCCUCAGUGGUGUUGCAUACUUGCAUGGCAUGGGGCUGGCGCAUCGUGACUUGAAGCUGGAUAAUGUGGUGGUGAAUGAUCACGGAAUCAUGAAACUCAUCGACUUUGGCAGCGCUGUGGUGUUCCGCUAUCCCUUUGAGAACGAUAUAGUUCCCGCUUCAGGCAUUGUCGGUUCGGAUCCAUAUCUCGCUCCCGAGGUGUAUGACGAGAAAAAAUACGACCCUCGCCCUACGGAUGUGUGGUCGCUGGCUAUCAUCUUCUGCUGCAUGACCUUGCGCCGCUUUCCGUGGAAGCAGCCACGGACUACUGACAACUCCUAUCGGCUAUUUGUUGCUCCUCCGACGCCUGGCACUCCAGUCCCGGAUUCCCGUCAUCACCCUCGGCCCAGGUCUGCACCUGAUCUCCCUUCCAGCGCCCAUGAGCCGAAGCAUCUUGAGCAUCCUGCAGAGGAGCCCAAUGUCUCUGAGCCGUCGGAAAAGAAUGAGGCGCCCCAGUCCCCCGCAGAAUCCACCCCCAACGAGGGUGAGAAGAACGACCAGCCGACCGAUGACGCCCAGAAGCAGACCAGCGAGGUCAGUGACCACGCGAAGCCCCAACGUACGACAAGCAAAAACGCCCCGCCGCUCCCAGGUGGCGCUCAGCAUUCCGGCCAACGACAGGAAGUGAUCAAGGGCCCGUGGCGGCUUCUCCGAAUCUUGCCGCGGGAAAGUCGGUACAUCAUUGGCCGCAUGUUAAAGGUCAACCCCAAUGAUCGCGCGACGCUCGACGAAGUACUGUCGGAUGACUGGGUGCGCAAUAUCCCGACAUGUUUCCAGGAAGACAACGGGGAGAUCGUUAAUAUGCCCUCGCACACACACGUCCUCGAGCCUCCUUCCCACAGCCCGGCGGUGCCCAGCAAGGCCAGCAAGGCUACUAAGUGA